GCAUAAUGUAUGUUAUGUAUGUCCAGAUGGAAUAUAAACACAAAACGUGUGAAGAUUUUGAGGACCCUGAACGCAGCAUCAGGCACAAACCUCUUGUGUCUCUUUGGGAACUUAAGAUAAAGUUAAAGCUUUUCCCACUGGAUUAUUUAUAUCAGUUGUAAGGAUGCAUUUCUAGUUUGUUUCUCUUGCUGCUAACUUUCAGGAACCGUGGAGGCUCGACACUCCUCACCGCUGCAGCCAGAGGAUCCCGUCCCCACCAGACGAGGGCGGGGUUAGUGAAGAAGAAGGGGAAAAACAGAAGUUUCCUGGUGACCUACGACAACACAGGAAGAUGAAUGUUGGCGUAGCUCACAGUGAGGUGAACCCCAACACACGGGUGAUGAACAGCAGGGGAAUAUGGCUCACCUAUCUUUUACUGACCGUGGUUCUGCACAUUGUUCUGCUCAGCAUUCCUUUCUUCUCGGUGCCGCUGGUCUGGACCCUCACCAACGUCAUCCACAAUCUGGCGAUGUACCUGUUCCUGCACACAGUGAAGGGCACUCCCUUCGAAACUCCAGACCAGGGCAAAGCUCGUCUGCUCACGCACUGGGAACAGAUGGACUACGGCGUCCAGUUCACUUCUUCACGCAAGUUCCUCACCAUCUCACCAAUUGUUCUGCACAUUCUUGCCAGCUUCUACACAAAAUACGAUGCAACGCAUUUUUUAAUCAACACAUGCUCCCUGAUGACCGUCCUAAUCCCAAAGCUGCCGCAGCUUCACGGAGUACGGAUAUUUGGCAUCAACAAGUACUGACGCACCCUAAAACUGGGGCUUUAUCCACAAAAACUGGACUUAUAGUUGUUCUGCUCCUGCUGAACUGUUUUAUGAGUAACAGUUUGAGGAGACGGAGAUAAAAACUGAGGAGUACGCUGGAGAAACUGAAUGCACUGUUUCAUCAAAGUGUUUCUCAUACUAAAACAAUAUCGGUUGUGUUUUUGAAGGUUAAAAAUGCACUGGUUUAAUUUUGUGAUGUUUGUUCACCUUUUUUUUUUCUUUUUUUUGCACUGGCUGCAACUCUUUAAAGCCGAGUUUAUUUGCCGUAAUUAUAAACCAAUCAUUUUUUUCUACUCAAUCCAGCAUGCAUUUACAUGCCUACAAUAAAUAUUUUACCGUGAUAUACAGAAAAAAGUAAAGUGGGUAUCAUUUCAGAAACCUGCUAGCUCUAAAAGUAGGACAGGAUUUUGUAGAAUCCACUUGGUCCAGGGUUUCACAAACUCAGACUUUUUAAGACUAUUAUGAAUGAAAUUUAAGACCUGCAGCACAGCAGAAAUGUACAAAAGAUAACUGCAAAUCAAUAAAUUGUACCAGUUGGCAAAAGAAGUGAGCCAAUGGCGAAACUGCCAAUAAAUUAAUUUCCAAUGGGCUGCUAAAAAGCUAGUUAGCUUAUUAGCAACUAGCUAUUAGCUACUUAUGGUUGCUACUUUUUAGCAAUCGCUUUUGAUCAUCAUAAUGCAGUGAAAUGUCUGUGCACAUCUCAGUUUGUGUAGCAGUAAUAUCCUGCAAGAAAAAGGAAAACUAAAUAGAAUGAGAUUAAAUAGUAACGCCAUAAAAAAUUUAAGACCUGCAGUUAACAUAUUUAAGGCCAACUUAUUGUUUUUCAAUCAAUUUAAGAUGUUUUAAGGCCUUUACUUUAUAUUAAUAAAUUUAAGAAAAUCCUUUUCAUGCUGUUAGAUGACAUUAAGUCAUUUAAUCUUCCUUUGGGAUAAAUAUAUUAUUUUCGGUGUUUAUGCAAGUCUCACCUACUCAAAUUUAAGACUUUUUAUGACCAUGUGAAUAAAAUUUGAGACCUUUAUCACAAGAGAUUGACCAAACAAAUGAAGGGGACUAAAACUAACAUUUCUGGGGUUAUUUUGUGGGACUUGGCAGUUACAGUGUGCUUUUCACAUGGCAUAUGGCUCUCUUGCUAGCUAGCAUUAGCAUCUUGUUAGCUUUGAGUUAUAGAACACAGUAAGUGAAGAUGUCUGUGCAACAGUCCCGUAAGAAAAAACAUAGAAUAUAUAACAUUAAUUAGUCCUGCCACAACAAAAUUUAAGACCUGUGAUUAACGUUUUUAAAGCUAACUUGUUUGUUAAUAAAUAUAAGACAUUUUAAGGCCUUAAUUUUAGGCGUGUUAAUGUAAGACCUUUAAGGAUCCCACUGGCCCGAUGUAGGCCAGUUUUCAAGCUGUGGGGAAGUCCAGACACUUUACAUGAGGGGGCUGUCACAGUUUUCUCCAUAUACUCGUAUAUUCAAGGGGUUCCCCCCCUUCCGCAUUCAAUAGAGUCCUGUUUGCAUUGGAGCGAGGGUUUCCCUGUUUGUAAUGCAUGUUUCGGGGAAGUAGUUCAAAGGAAACACAGCGACGUGUGAAUGUUGCCUAGGUUGAGCUGAGCCUGGGAAAUACAUGCAAAUAUUGCUCAAUGUAUCAGCCGUUUUAAACCUGUUGAGUAAUUGUUACCAAGCAUUUCCAACGGUGUUGAUCGCUGCGUGGACACGCAGAUCGUAAAGAAACCUGCGGUGGGAUUCUCGCUGAUGCUGCCUUUAAAUGUCACCGUGUCCCCAAGAUGACACUGAAACUAGAGUGGGAGAGUAAGAGAGAAAGUAGUGUUCUUUUUCAAAUGUAGAUUGUGCUUUGAUGAAAGAUAACAUCUGCUCUGAAAAGCUGUUUUUCUUUUUUAAAUGUAUUUCUGGCUCAGCUUCUGCUUUGAAUUUAACAUCAGUCAUACUGACACAGGGUUUGUGAGCAACAGAUUUAAAAAGUUUCAGUGCACAGCGAGUUGUUUGUUUAAAGUUUUGAGUUGACGUGGAAAGACAAAUAUGUUUUCAGUAAUGAACAGAUAUGAAAAAGGUCAGAAAUUUCUCCUGAAUUAUCUUUGAUCUUGUUUUGCAGAUUACCAAGCACUAUGUUUUUUUUUUAAAUGUGGUAAAAACA